GGCGUGUGAACCAGGGAUCCCGGAGAGUUCGAGUUCAAAUCUAAGGCAGUCUCCUAGUUAUUUUUCGCCUCUUACAAAUGCGCGUCACUGAUUGGCUCGCAGAGUCGUUCUCGCGCAAUUACUUGCGGCAAUCUUCAUCCUCAUCCGCGGCAACUUCAAGCCAGUGAUCGGGAAUACGAAUCGCAUUUUUUUUCUCGUUCUUUUUGUUGUCUACCUACGUUGAAUUGGAACUAAUGAUGGCGAGUGAUGCUUUUGUCAACGCUACGUGUUUAUUUAUUUAAUUCAUUUUAAUAAUUGCAGAUGUAGAAAAGUACAGAUAAAGGAACUUCCCGUCUCGCACAAAUCGUGCUACUUUGCAACGAGCGAAUGUCAUGGCGCGGUUCCAUGGUCGACCAUCAAGGAAACGUCGCCGAUGUAAUUUCUCGACACGUGGAGAAGGUGGAUUGGGGCCAGUGAUUAUGUCUCGCAAGCGUGUUCUCCAGCAAAUUUCGCGAAAAAAAAUUCUACGAUAAUUGGUUAGAUUCGGCCCUGCUUAUUCUAUGCAAUCUUGUCUACGCGAACGUGACGUGUCCUUCAUCUCUGAUGUUUACUGACAUUCUUCCAAAUGACCAUCAGAGACGAGGCUUCACAAAGGUGACACGUGAAAUCGGGUACGAGUAAACGAAGCACGCCAUCGCUCGCCGACGAUGACGGACGUAUUGGAGGCGUUGCACGAUUUACAACCCUCUUCUUCAAGUAGGGGCGUGUUCGCUCCGUGUAUAAGACACGCUAAAUGAGAAGCUGUCGUCUGUUAGAUCGCAAACCGUCGAGACGCGACAGCUUCAACAUGCGCGGAAGCUCGCUGUGCCUCCUGCUGUUGCUCGUCGUGCUGGCGAAAGCUUACAUAAAAUCCUGCAAGUACUGGUGCAAGAUUGACAAUCAUCAGUACUACUGUUGUCCGAGCGGCAAGAGUGGAUCCUGGUCGGAGCGUGGCUGGCACUCAUUAUUCUUCCCCUGGUUUUGGUUCGACGUCGAUGAGCAUCCACACGUCGUCGAACAUCCUUGGCACGAGAUGAUGAUGAAAUGGCCGGCGAAGAAGCACUGCCCGCCCUUAAGGCCCCACUGUCCCAGGUCGUACGAGUGGUACAGGUCACCAGAAUUAUGCCACAGCGAUCACGAAUGCCACGAGUGGGAAAAGUGCUGUUACGACGUGUGCCUGGAACACAAGACGUGCAAAGACGCGGAGUAGAGUUCCUCUCAGUGUUAUCGAUACAGCACCAAUCCCAAUUAUUUUUUAGACAUAUUGUCUAUAUAUGUAUAUAGUCACUGUCAUGGAAACUGGGGAUUUAUAUUUUAAAGGCGAGAUAGAAAAACAACCAAGUUACCGUUCGAAAACCAACGAGAUGCAAUCGACUGUCUGCUAAUUCCCGUGGGAUUGCUGGUAAUUGAAGCGCUUGCCUGCGCCGCGGGUUAAUACGCUUCCGAGUCCGCCCGUAACUUCUCAAUUACUGUCCGCGCGACGAGUUCCUUAAUUAGCGUGCAAGUCAACAGCGCAUAAUAUAAUGCUUUGCGACUGUACGGCUGCAAGAAAGUAUAUAAUUGUCGUAUCGGGUUGCGUCCCGCAGUCGCGCGGAUUAAAAUUCGCACACACGUCGCGCGAAUUCCCGGGAAAAAAGGAGGUACUUCGACAUUUUUUUCCCACCCACGAAUUGGCUAAAUCGUUCUGAAUAAUUUACCGCGCCGGAAGGACCUGAACGAGCCGCAAGGACGUCGCCGGACCGCCGCAAAAAAAGAUCAUUAUGGAGUUCUCCAGCCGCCUGUGAGUCACGCAGUACGCUCUAAUCCCGAGGCGAUUCAAUGAGCGUGAAAAUCAUCUUAUCUGAAACAGGAAGACGACACGCAAGGUAAUAGGAUGGUCACAUAAUUUCUGUUUUCAAGAAAUCUCGUUUGGUUGGAAGAUUUUGUGGAAUUCCUUGUUUCGCACAAAAGUGCUAGUUUUGUAAAUAUAGUACUUCCACAUUCUCUCUUUCUCUCUCUCUCUCUAUGCUCUCUUUAUUAUUCACUUCACGCUCCACUUCGUAAAAAAUCAUUUUACAAAAGCAUUUUUCUGAGAAUCUCUUCAAUCACUUUUGACCAGUUUUUCAUGUAUAAUCUUGAAUCUCUCCAGCGCGAAUUCUAUAAGCGGUUCGAGACUGAUGCACCACUUACAAAGCAAUAUAAUCCACGCAAAUGUGUAUAAAAUUGGAGCAUGCAGGAGAGUCUCGCUCAUUCCCUUCUUCCCUUUGUAUUCAAGUCCCGAGCGAAAAUUCCACGCGCAACCUCAUCCGGAUAAUGUUUCUUUUAUGGGUUACGGGCGCAGGCGUGUGUGCUGGGCCUGGCUCGGCAAUAAUGAGAAAACGUUGGCCAGGUGGGAGCCGCGGGCCUCUGAAUUAGACCCCGGCCCGCCCACGACCACUUUUAACCCUCGUGAGGCCCCAGGGCCCAUGGCUGGCUCUGCGGCACGCGUAUAAUUGGGCACAAACUCGUCCGAUCUGAUUAUUUCAAUCUUGCGGACUUAAUGGGACCCAAGGGGCGCCAAAACAAUUUAGAUAAGGCCCGUUGGAGCGCGCGUAACAGAUGCCGUGCGGUUUCGAGGCCAACGGCGCGGGCGGCUCGCGGCCUUCCAGGGCCGACCGACUGUUUACACCAUUCUGGGUUUCGUAAUUAAGCGAGUCCCUGAUGACACGCUGAUAGCCGAAAGCCAAAGUGGCAACUCGAGUCCCGCAGUAUCCCUAUCCACAGAUAAGAGCGUUAUAACGUCAAGUGUCUAUUUAGGCGUUAAAAGGGAUAAACUGUUUCUUUCUAAGAUAGGCAUUCCAAGAAGACCUUAUUCCAUAAAUAUCUCAGACUACACUUUACAGAGUCUUCAUUUUCAAGAAGAAUUUCGAUUUGAAUUUAUUGCUUUCACAUCCCGAAAAUCAGAUAAAUAAACUUCACACUUUGAUUUCUUUCAUUUCGAUUAGUUGUCGACUUAUCAGAGACGAACGGCGUUUCAUGCGAGACGAAAGAGAGAGAAAGUAGAGGUAGAGGUGGGUAAUAAAAAAGGGAAUAGGAACGAGAGGAAAUAAGUGGCAGGUGCUCGUGGUAGGUACGGCAUGCCACCGCCGGACCCCGACCGAUGCUUACCUCCCACGUGCCUUCGACCCUCGCGAAAUGUUUUCUUCGAGGUUUCCACGAUAACGGUAAUAUUAGAACGAUUCUGCUAUUGUUGCAGGAUAUUCACACUUUUUCCUACAAAAUAUAAAGAAAAUUUUGCCAUUGAAUGUUUUUGGAAUUAAGAUUGCUAAUUUAAAAAAUGGAUAAUAAUGUGAGAGCGAUGAAAGCAAAUUCAGAUUAGAAUAAAUGCAAUUUGUUCAUUUUUCCAGCAUUUAAAGGCAGAAUAUUUCUCUCUCUCUCUCUCUUUCUGGUUAUGGAUUAUGUAUCUAUAAAAAGUUUGAUUAUUGCAGCGCGACAGCAUUCUUUUUUGAAGUCUGAUGUAAAAACUAUUUAUAUAACUGUUUAUCACUGCUGUUGUAAUUAGCCGUUUUACUGAUUUUUCUUCGCGAUACCAACGACAAUGUUGCCUAUUUACUUUAAGUAAUGAUGGCGAGAUACAAUCGCGCGAUGAUAAUGAAGACGAUGCAGCGAGGCAAAGGUUGCAAUUAGCGAAUGUCGCUUAAGGACGAAAGCUCGUCGGGCAAUUAAGACGGUCUUUCGACGUGAUCCGCAAAAUCUGCAAUGUAAUUAAAUGAAUUUACAACGUG